CUGCUAGCCUGCAACAUGUCUGGGUAUCUGGAACUGUCGCCGCCGCCCGGUCUAGACUAGUAGAGCGUCUUUGGCGACUUGAAUGAAAACACGCGUUCUGUGCAUUCCACCCCAAAGCCCUACUGGGCAGGACGAAUAUCCGAAGCACCGCCAAUGCGUCGUCCAUGAUAGAGAUUCUGCUGUGGACAGCCCCACGACGAUGAUGGACGAGCAAGAGGAGGAGCGUUGCUGGGAAUGGAGAUGGAGAAGGCGAUAACAGGGCGACGCCGGUGCACUUGCCGCAUUUGAGUUCAUCGCAAUCGGCGGGUCCCAAGGCAGCACGCUGCAACCAUGCGUGACCUCCACUCUCCUCGGCGAACCUUAGAUGAGCUGCGGCAGGAUGCGCGAUCUCCUCAUAACCCCCAAUCUCUCGCCUCCGUCCCGGAUCCAGCACUCCUAUCCCCACGCCAUCCGAACCUUCCGCACCAGCGGUCACCCCCCGGGGCUUUCCCUCCUCGAAAUGACCUCGCUGUACGCCCUCUACUUGCACCUAUGGCUCGAGCGCCACGCAUCGAAACCGCCUCGAGACGAGCUAAGGAUCUUCCGCGCGACCCCACAUAUUGGGUCGACCAAGACCUGCUGUCGUUCGUGAGCCUGCACUACCCUCCAAUCGAGGCCUCGCCGCUAUCGAGCGUCAUCGAGAAACACAAACUCACCCCUCAGGCUCUGUGGUAUCUUCAAGACAGCCACGAGCAUCUUUCUACGAUCGCGAAGGAUGAAUCCUUGAAGGAGACACUAUUGAAGCUUGCAGAAUCCGUGCAGCCCGCCGUUUCUCCUACUACUCCCCGCGUCCGCCAUGUGAGGAGGCUGUCCGAAGACCUCCUACGACCUCCGCCACCGUCACCGCCCCCUGCUGUGCCGUCACCACCACCUCCGGAAGAACCAGUGCUGGAGGACGACGACGACGUCGCCGAGAGCAUAGUGAGUGAUUGGGCAUUCGACGAAGACAGGGAUGUCGACGACAACUCAGCGCCGGCUGCGGGCGAAUCGUCUGCGCCCGCCGACACUGCCCCCGUUCCAGGAUCCCCGGUCCAGGGUCUCGGUCUUCACACAGGUGAAGAACGCUCCGACGUCCCCGAAACCGCACAACCUCCACAGCCGGAAUCCACAGGCGGGGUCGACCUCAUGACCUUCGAGGACGACUCCCAGCAGGAGAUGACGCCUUUGCAGGCUACGUCCCAACCGCCCGCCGCAGCACCAGUGAACGCGGACGCCGACCACGCUCCCGCCGCUGAUCCUCCACUCGAGGAGAUGAUCUCUGCGCAAGGCGCGUCGGCGGGCACCCACGUGCCCUCUGCUACCGAGGAGGAGCCGUCGUCCACCACCGCCACGCGAAGCGCAGAUCAGCUUGCUCCCUCGGACGAGCCUCUUGCCACGCCCCGUGCUUCUCAAGACGCCCCUGCAGGCGAGCCCGCCGAUCCAGGCCCAAGUACCCAGACUUCGCCUGUCGAGGACGAAGAUCAUCGCAGAUUUUCGGAACGUGACUCCACACCUACUGCAGAUCCGCCGCGCACGGCUUCGCCGUCUUCGGACUACCAUGACGCCAACAGUACCCAUGAUGAGGAGGGCGAACAACAGCAGGCUCCCGCUGCUCAUGCGGCGCCUGAAGAGAGCUCGUCGGAGCCGGCACAGCAGGCGGAGGGGCACGAGGCGGAGGGACACAAGCCGUCGGCUGUCGAUCAGCAGUCCGCGAGGGAGACGGACGCGUCUGUCUCUACGUCGGAGGACAAGCACGACGAGGUCUCCGCGACCCCUGACGAGGACGCAUGGGGUCUAAGCGAGGAAGUAUCAGGUCUGAGCGAGGACACUUCGAAGUCCGGCGAGGACGUGUCAAAGCUUGACGAGGGCGCGUCAAAAGACGGCGGGGACGAGCCCCAGGUGACGGAGACCACACCUGCCGAGGAGCCCGUUCAGCAACCCUCGCUCUCACCCUCCUCUGUCGAGCCCGCAUCGCAGCUAUCUCCUGAGGAGACCGUCCCGGAGAGCGGUGCUCAGUCGUCUGCCACGCAGGAGGACGAGAUAGCCCAACAGGUAGCAUCGGGGGACGCGGAAGAGGCUCAGCAGCCCCAGGUGCCUCUUCCGGAGCCCACGUUGCCCGACCCUCUGUCGUCGGAGCAGUCUAGUGAGACCGUUGCGCUGUCGGAGCAGUCUGAUGAGACCGUCAAGGCUGAAAAGUCUGUUAUCGACGACGUCCGUGCUGUAACAUCUGUGGAGAACGUUGGCGAGGACAAAGACGCGAAGGUCGAGGCAACCGAGACGAACGCGACCGAGACCGAGACGCCACCACCAGCGGCCGCCUUGGAACAGACUGACGAGCCUGCUGUCGUCGCCGACGAUCCUCAGCUACGUUCCACUGAGCAAGAUGUCGACGGAAUCAGCAACGGAGUCAGCCACGAGGCCGUGACUACAGAGGCGAAGCCGGCGCAGGGCCCAGACCAGACCGACGACGCGCCGCAGGUGCCAGGGAACAGCACGAGGUCGACCUCGACUCCUUCCGAGCCUCCAGCUACCGACACUCCCGCUUCGACCACGUCCGCGGACAAAGCCACGGCGACGAUGCCGGCUACGCCGUCGUCGCCAACCGUCAAACUGGCGUCCGGCCGUGAGAUGCAACUAGUCAGCCUCGACUCUGAAUCGAGGGAGCAGACGCCUGCUGCAAGCGCAAGCGGUACUCCCGCGGGCUUAUCCCCGAGUCCAAGUGGUACUCCCUCAGGCGCGUCGCCGAUCCCGAGCAGUUCACGACAGACGAGCCCUCCUGCGUCGAUGAUACCCGAGGGCAAGGAUACGUCGACAUCUUCCCCGUCUGUACCGAUGGCCAAGGCUGCCGAGAAGUCCCUGCGGCUUCCACAACUCGAUACUACUCUUGGGCCCCUAGCUGACUCUGUGCGUCCCGCCGGACCCUCAGCUAAUCACCAUGCAAACCCCUGGCAACAUUCGCCUGCAGGGGGUCAGGCUUCGUCGUCGUCUUUCACGAGGAGCCCCGUUGGUGGACGAGCCCCACCUUAUUCACCUGCUCCUCAGGCGAAGAGCCCUGCAUGGGGGUCUGCAAGAACCUGGGUCACAUCACUCACGUCGUCGUUGGGGCUCGGCUCCCAAUCAGAGCCCACCACUCGCAACCCGUCCCAAGAGAGGGAACAACCUCCUCCGCCUCCUCGUACGUCCCUCACACCUGCGCCUGCUCACACCCGCCAAGAACAGGGAGCGGGACGAGGAGCUGGACGAGGUGCAUGGGCCCCAGGCACAAAGAAGAGUUGGUCAGCAACUGUAUCGGCGUCGACAAUCUCGCAGCAAAAUACGACGCCUCCUCGAGAACAGUCACAGAAAACACCCGCACCACCACUCGCAUCCCCAUCAGGCCCCUCGCCUGCACCUGAACCGUCGGGGGGCUCAAGCCAGGUGCCUGACAAGACUGCAGCUAGUGAGACUUCCGAUACAACGUCGCCGAAGACAAAGGCGUUGGAGGCGGCCGGAGAAGCUGUCGAGCUUCAGAAGACCGAGUCCGGACUGGAGCAGGAGGACGUGUCGACCGACAGUGUCCUCGUCGAUGCGGACACACCCAGCGCUGUGAAUGGCGGAUCAUCUCGCAUCGGCGACGCCGAGGUUGCCUCCGGUCAGCCCAAACCCCCGACCCAGGCUAGCAUGCCGUGCCGGAAUGAGGCAGGAGGGCAGGACAGUACCCAAGGCGCUGUCAGUGGUUCUGACGAGGACCUUGUGGAGAUCACCCUUGACGAUGCCGCCUGUGCUCUCGAGGUGGUCACUGGGACGACGCAGAAGCCCGAAGAUGAUGAUGAUGAGGACAACUUACCCCUCAAUAAAGCGGUAGAGCGUCUUCGUCAGCCCACGGGGGGGUCUGUGUCGAGCACGCUCACGUCUGAUACCGAGACACAAGCCGACGAGGACCAGAUGUCCAGUAGUACUGACCGGCGGAAUAGGCCCGAGAUUCGGAUACCGGGCCUCACUACCAAGUCUCAAGGAGUGAAUUCGCCCAUUGCCGAUAGUCCUGUUGUUGGGAGUCCCUCACCGUCUGACUCUGCAGCCACGAGGAAGCAGCGAAAGAAAGCUAGACAGAACGCGAAGAGAAAAGCAGAGAGCGGUGGCACAUGAACAUUGUGCAUCGUCUUAGGGGUUCCAUUGCAUGUCAUAUCUCUGCAUGUUCUAUGUCGUUGUCUCCUGCCUCGAUACCCAAUUUAUCCACAUGUAUUCCCAUUAUAGCGUAGUAUACUGUAUGAUCCCUCUGUACCAUAGCAUUGUCUUCUUCAUUGACAACACGCAUCAUUGAAAC